AAUAAAAAUCAGUAAUAAAUACAUGAAAAUGGCAUUCCGUUUUACGUCCUUUAUCGCGUUCGGUUGUUUGCUGUUGCUGGCGUCGUCUGUUCAGGGAGCUGCCAUUGAUAAUGCGGUGACACCUCGCAUUCACAGCUCCGAUGAGCUAAUCUCGACAAUUGUGGAUAAGUGUUUCCAUGCCAAUGCCAUGCAUUGUUUGAAGGAGAAGGUGUUGACCUAUCUGGACACGGUCGCCAAUGUGGAGGAGGAGGUCAGUGGUCGUGCCUUCGAUGAUGAGGUCAUCGACAAGGUCAUCGUCGAUCGUCUUGCCCGCAUUCUUCGCACCAACGAGGUGCGCGUCCAGCUGCCUGAGACAUUCUUUGCCAGCUCCGUGAUGACUUAUCGUGCUGAUCGCGGUUUCGACUUGGAGCUGCCCAAAGACGAAGGCCGUGCUGAGAAGAAGAACAAGGACAAACUCUUUCUGCCUCUUCUGCUGCUGAUGAAGUUCAAGCUGAAGGUUGUCAUGCCAAUUCUGCUGGCCCUGGUCAGUCUGAAGGCCACCAAGGCAUUGAUCUUGUCCAAGAUUGCCAUUAAGCUGGUGCUCGGCUUCCUCAUCUACAAUCUCAUCCAGAAAUUGGGCGGCAUGAAGAUGAACAUGGUGCCCAUGCCAGCUCCCAUGCCAGCCGCUGAAUACGGUGUGCCCAGCACCACGGCCUCCUCCUACGAUCCCAGCAGCUGGGAGCCAAUGAGCGGUGGCCCAUACGCCCGCUGGGACUCCCAGAACUUGGCCUAUAGCUCAUACCAUCCCAGCAGCUCUUCGUCAUACUCCUCGUCGUCGUCCCCCUCUUCGGGCACCUCGUCCAGCUACAGCUCCUCUUCUUAGAUUGGACGCCAAGCACUCGUAUUGCCGUUGUUAAUGUACAUACCAAGGAACUGAGUGACCCACCCACUUUUCUAGCGAAACGGGGGGCGUGGCACUCGCAGUUAGCAGACCAAAUGGAACCGGAACAUGCCUAGGCCAUAUAUUUAGUUCUUAAGUUUAAGCGCGCGAUUUUUAGCCAUUCCAUCAAUCUCUUGUACUCCACACACUUUUCUAGAGUUUUCCCGAGCUUUCACUAUCGACUAUCCUUUACUGCUUUGCCUCCUCUCUAUCCGCAUUUUUCCCGCUAACGUCUAUCUCUUACAGAAAUCGACCAAAAACAAGCUAUCUAAUUGAAUUUAUUUAUUUAAUUUAUUAAAAAAUUGCAAAAAUUUAAAUUAAAUUGAAAUUAA